AUGCAGCGGAACAUCCCGGAAGUUAGCGGCGUCUGCAGGCACGGGUGCUGCGGACCGUGUUGGAGCGCACGGGCGCAUGCUCAAACGAAGCGUAGCGGCAGCUGCCGCCGUGCGGGCGGCGGGAAGGGGCCGCUGAAACGGCUGCGGCUGGCUGUGGAGGACUUCGUGCGGGCUACCUCCGAGAGCGAGACUUGCGAGGGCCGCGGCGCUGUGACGCGCUCCCGGCCGGGUGGGCGAAAGAGCCGCAAGGAGCUUCGUAAGGAGAAGCGACACCUGAGGAAAGCGCGGCGCCUGCAGAGGACCGUGGGCUCUGGGGCAGGGGACCAAGAGGGAAGUAUCGUUAACGGCUUCCGGGAGACUCCGUUGCCCGCUGAGAUACGACUGACCCCCGCCAAAACCACAGCGACUUGCGCUGAAGCCAAGGCUUCCACCGCUAACAUCAAAGCCUCGGCGACCCAGGCUAAGGCCAAAGCUAAAGCUGCCCCCGGAAAGCCGGGUCCUGCCACCUCGGCCUCCAGGAAACGGGCACUUCUAGCGGCCAACGAGGAGGAGGAUCGAGAGAUCCGAAAGCUGGAGCGAUGCCUCGGCCUGAACAAGCGCAAGAAGAAGGGCGAUGGUAACUCGGUGCCGCUCAGCUUCGCGCGCGACGGCCUGGACUACAUCCUGGGGGCCCUAGAAUGUGGGAAAAGCGGAGGCCUGUACGAAAGUAGCGAGGAAGAGGAGGAAGACAAGGUGGAGACUGCACAGACACUCUUGGAGAGUGACCUGGAGAGCAGUUCCGAGGAAAGUGAGGAGGACUCAGUCUCGCAAUCGCAGCGGGCGGAUCAGGAGGAUGUGAACUUGGAAAGGGAAGAGGCAGAAAGUAAAGGGAAGAAGAGAGUACGCUUUGCAGAAGUCGUAGAAAAGAGUGAAAGUUCUUCGGAAGAUGACCCAGAACAUGAGGAGAAUCACUGUGUUGAAAGUGGUGAAAAGUACAUCCCACCUGGGUUGAGGGGCGAGGAAGCGGUGGAUGUCCGUAAGAAAGAAGAGCUAGAAAGGCUUAAGAAACACGUUAAAGGCCUAAUUAACAGGUUGAGUGAGCCAAACAUGGCAUCUAUAAGUGGGCAGCUAGAGGAGCUAUACAUGGCCCACAGCAGGAAGCACAUGACGGACACGCUGACUGCUGCCCUCUUGGAUGCCUGCGUCACUGCCUCAGCCAUGCCCAGCAGACUGAUGAUGGAGCAUGUCCUCUUAGUCAGCAUCCUUCACCACACGGUCGGAAUAGAGGUUGGUGCUUGCUUCCUUGAGGCUGUGGUAAAGAAGUUUGAUGGUGUCUAUAGAGAUGGAGGUGAGGGGAGAGAACUGGACAACCUCUUUACCAUGAUUGCUCAUUUGUACAACUUCCACGUGGUACAGUCUCUACUCAUCUUUGACAUUUUGAAGAAGCUUGUUGGAACUUUCACGGAAAAAGACAUUGAGCUGAUCCUGUUGAUGCUGAAAAAUGUGGGCUUUUCGUUGAGAAAAGAUGACGCCUUGUCACUUAAGGAGCUGAUCACAGAAGCCCAAGCCAAGGCCAGUGGGGCAGGCAGCAAGUUUCAGGACCAGAACAGGGUACGGUUUAUGUUGGAGACGAUGCUGGCUCUGAAGAACAAUGACAUGCGUAAAAUCCCUGGCUACGAUCCUGAGCCUGUGGAGAAACUGAGGAAAUUACAGAGAGCUCUGGUACGCAGUGCUGGCUCAGGUUCCGAGACUCGGCUUCGAAUCUCAUGGGAUGGCAUCUUAAAUGCAGAGCAGACUGGUCGCUGGUGGAUUGUGGGGUCUGCGUGGAGUGGGACCCCGAUGAUUGACAACAGUCAUCACGCACACCUGCAGAAGCCACUUGGUGGAACGGUUAGCUCCAAGAUGCUGGAGCUUGCUAGAAAGCAGAGAAUGAACACUGACGUCAGAAGGAACAUCUUCUGCACUAUAAUGACGAGUGAGGACUUCCUGGAUGCCUUUGAGAAGCUGUUGAGGCUUGGGCUGAAGGACCAGCAGGAGAGAGAGAUCGUUCAUAUCCUCAUGGAUUGCUGCCUGCAAGAGAAAACCUACAACCCGUUCUAUGCUUUCCUGGCUAGCAAGUUCUGCAGCUAUGAAAGGAGAUUCCAGAUGACUUUCCAGUUCAGCAUUUGGGACAAAUUUCGGGACUUAGAAAAUUUGCCAAGCACUAAGUUUUCAAAUCUGGUUCAUCUGCUGGCACACUUGUUGAAGACAAAAUCACUUCCACUUUCUGUUCUAAAGGUAGUUGAGUUCAGUGAACUGGAUAAACCCAGAGUCCACUUCCUACGGAGAGUGUUAACUGCACUGCUGAUGGAAACAGAAGAAGAAGACCUGGGUUUAAUUUUUUCAAGAGUGUCUGACAACCCAAAGCUGGGAAUGUUGCGAGAAGGCCUGAAGCUCUUCAUUAGCCACUUCUUACUGAAGCACACACAGGCUCACCAGAGUGCUGAGGAAGCCAGUCUGCUGAGAGAAAGAGCAGGCCUUGCAUCCAAGUCUUUACAAGGCAAAGCCAUCCUGAGAAUGUAGCCAAAGAGUAGGGAACAUCUGACCAGGAGAGGUGACUGUGAAUUCAAAGGCCUGUCCUGCCUGUAAGAGCAGGAGAAAUUGCUCUGAAAUGCCAUGCUCUGUCUUGGUUUAAUAUUCUAUUUUCAGAUGCUUUGACCCAGGGUCAAAUGUAUAUGUAUGUAGACAGCAGAGCAAAGGAAAGCCAUGAGAGGAGGGUCAAGAUCAUAUAUGGAUGGC